CGCCCCGUCACGGCAGGCGGGCAGGCGGCGAGAGGCGGGCGGGCGCCGGGAGCGGGAGGAGGAGCGGCAGCCGCCGCCACCGCCGCCGCCAUAGAGACUGUAGCCGUGGAGACUGUUACUUACCAACGGGGACCAACACGCAGCAGCCGCCACCGCCGCCGCGGGAGCCGUUGCCCGAACUCCCGGCCGGAACUCCAGCUUGUGGUCUUUCUUGGGUCCUGGACAUCAUGAAUGAUAUGUUGGAGAGUCUCUGGAUUCUGCUGUGUUUCCCCCGAUGGCAUUUAACUUGGCUGGACUCAAACUCUGCCCCUCCUGCAAACUGAGCAUGCAGAAUUCAGAGGGUGGAUCGGAUUCGCCGGCUUCCGUGGCUCUGUGUCCCUCGUCAGCAGCCCAGGCGCCUGUGGCCCAGCCUGUGCCAGCCUCGCCACAGAGGGUGUUGGUCCAGGCAGCAGGCUCGGCUCCCAAGGGGGCUCAGAUGCAGCCCAUCUCCCUCCCCAGAGUGCAGCAGGUGCCACAGCAGGUCCAGCCCGUGCAGCACGUGUAUCCCCCCCAGGUGCAGUACGUGGAAGGGGGGGAAGCCGUCUACACCAACGGAGCCUUGCGGACGGCGUAUGCCUACAACCCCGAACCCCAGAUGUACGCCCCCAGCAGCUCCGCGUCGUACUUCGAGGCCCCGGGCGGUGCCCAGGUGACCGUGGCAGGCUCCUCCCCGACGGCAGUCCCCGCCCACAGCAUGGUGGGCAUCACCAUGGAUGUCGGGGGCAGCCCCAUCGUCUCCGGCACGGGAGCCUACCUCAUCCACGGGGGCAUGGACGGCACCCGGCACUCCCUGGCGCACACAUCCCGCUCAUCACCCGCUACGCUUGAAAUGGCGAUUGAAAACCUCCAAAAAAGCGAAGGGAUCACAUCACACAAAAGCGGUUUACUCAACAGUCAUCUCCAGUGGCUCUUGGAUAAUUACGAAACCGCAGAAGGCGUGAGUCUCCCCAGAAGUUCGCUCUACAACCACUACCUUCGCCACUGCCAGGAACACAAGCUGGACCCCGUGAACGCGGCCUCCUUUGGGAAGCUGAUCCGCUCCGUGUUCAUGGGCUUGAGGACGCGGCGGCUGGGUACCAGGGGCAACUCCAAGUAUCAUUACUACGGGAUCCGUCUGAAGCCAGACUCGCCCCUGAACCGGCUGCAGGAGGACACGCAGUACAUGGCCAUGCGGCAGCAGCCUGUGCAUCAGAAGCCCAGGUACCGGCCAGCCCAGAAGACGGACAGCCUUGGGGAGAGCGGCUUGCACGGCAGCCUGCACAGCACACCUGAGCAGGCCAUGGCUGCCCAAAGCCAACACCACCAGCAGUACAUCGAUGUGUCCCACGUCUUUCCGGAGUUCCCGGCGCCCGACCUGGGCAGUGUCCUGCUGCAGGAGAAUAUCACGCUGCACGACAUCAAGGCCCUUCAGCUGGCCUACCGGCGGCACUGCGAGGCCACGUUAGAUGUCGUGAUGAACCUCCAGUUCCACUACGUUGAGAAGCUGUGGCUUUCCUUCUGGAAUUCUAAAGCCUCCUCCGGCGACGGCCCUGCCUCUCUACCUACCAGCGACGAGGAGCCGGAGGGCACCGUCCUCCCCAAGGACAAGCUGGUAUCUUUGUGCAAGUGCGACCCCGUGCUCAGGUGGAUGAGGACCUGCGACCACAUCCUGUACCAGGCGCUGGUGGAGAUCCUCAUCCCAGACGUGCUGCGGCCCGUGCCCAGUACCCUGACACAGGCCAUCCGCAAUUUUGCCAAGAGCUUGGAAGGCUGGUUGACGAACGCCAUGAGCGACUUCCCACAGCAGGUCAUCCAGACCAAGGUCGGCGUGGUCGGCGCCUUCGCACAGACCCUGCGGCGCUACACGUCGCUCAACCACCUGGCGCAGGCGGCCCGGGCAGUGCUGCAGAACACGGCGCAGAUCAGCCAGAUGCUGAGCGACCUCAACCGCGUGGACUUCGCCAACGUGCAGGGCCGCGCCCGGGAGAUGUCGCUGUCCCUCCGUACUGACCCGGCCCUCGCCUGCCCGCGCCCUACAGGAGCAGGCCUCAUGGGUGUGCCAGUGCGAGGAGGGCGUGGUGCAGCGUCUGGAGCAGGACUUCAAGCUGACCCUGCAGCAGCAGAGCUCCCUGGACCAGUGGGCCAGCUGGCUGGACAACGUAGUCACCCAGGUCCUGAAGCAGCACGCGGGCAGCCCCAGCUUCCCGAAGGCUGCGCGGCAGUUCCUGCUGAAAUGGUCCUUCUACAGCUCCAUGGUGAUCCGCGACCUCACGCUGCGCAGCGCCGCCAGCUUUGGCUCCUUCCACCUCAUCCGGCUGCUCUACGACGAGUACAUGUUCUACCUGGUGGAGCACCGCGUCGCCGAGGCCACUGGGGAGACGCCCAUUGCCGUGAUGGGAGAGUUCAACGAUCUUGCCUCCCUGUCGCUGACACUGCUCGACAAAGUCUUCCAAGGUAGGUGUUAACCCCGCCCACCAUUGUGCACAUGGGGAAAAUGAGGCUGCUGGCUGGAAUGCAAGCAGGAUGGCUGGAGCCCCGGCAGCCAUCUUGGACCUCAAGGUGAACAUCAUAAAAUAAGGAUGGCAAAGCAAUGAGACAGAAGGUACCUGGGUUCCUGGUGAUCAUUAUAACCCUAAUGGCCCUGAGUCAGAGUGCAAUAAGCCACAGUUUGGGAGGGUUGCAGGGGGACCCAUAGGCGUUCUAGCCUCCAAGAACUCUCUGGUAGCAAGAACUCUGAAGUGAGAUGCGAGGCGUGCAUGCGCGCGCGCGCGCGCGCGCGCACACACACACACACACACACACACACACACACACACAUCAGCUGCAGGAAUGCUAAGUAAGAAGGGAGAGAUUCUCCCUGGCUGGGAGUGUCACCCCCACCCCAGUUUUCCUCCCACUUCUCUGGCUGCCCCCCCACCCCCUGCACCUGGGUCCUGCUCCUUCCACACCCUCCAUGACCUCGUCCACGUGCUGCUGACUUGCUCCACAGCUGCCUGCCCACCGUGGCUCAGAGGUUCGUGGGUGCCUCGCCCUCCAAAGGGCAAGACAGGAGCUCAGCAUCUGACGAUCCAGACCUCCUGCCUGUAUCCCCAUCCCACUGCCCGAGCCAGAAACCCAGGGCCACCUGCAUGCCCUCCGUCCCUCCUACCUCCUCCAGACUGCCCCUAACAUGGCCACUGGUUCCUUCCUCCGGGCCACUCCCUGAGACCUCCCUGCCUGGAGAUGCAGCAGGGCAGCCGGGCUUGGACAAUAGCUGUGCCCUCAGGUACAUUACUUAGAUCAGUUUCCCCAUCUGGGAAAAAAGGGUAAUAAAAACACCUACCUCACAGUGUUGUUGUGAGAUUUAAAUAAGUCGAUUUAUAGAAAGUACUGGAGUAAGCAUUCAACAAUUGUUUCUCAACCUUGGCACCUUUGGCAUUUGGGGUUGGCUACAUCUCUGGGUUAGAGGAGGGACAUUUCUGGACACUGGGGGGGCGUUGAGCAGCACCCCUGGCCCACUAGCACCCCACCCCCACUAGCACCCCACCCCCAGUGGCGAAGACCAUAAAUAUCUCCAGAUACUGAUUGCCAAGUGUCCCCUGCCCCCAGGUGAGAACCACCGGGUAAUCGCAUUCUCAUUAUUAUCAGUUCUCUGCAUCUUUCACACCUUGGCAACCAUGUCACUUGUCUUUUCCUCCCGUGACCCACUUGCUGCUCUGAUUUUUUUUUUUUUUAAGAUAGCAUGAUCCUUUUUAAAAAAUAUUUAUUUGGCUGCACCAGGUCUCAGUUACGGCAUGCGGGAUCUUUAGUUGCAGUGUGCAGGACCGAACCCAGGUCCCCUGCAUUGAGAGUGCGGAGUCUUAACCACUGGACCACCAGGGAAGUCCCUGCUCUGACUUUCUGCUCCUGGAACUCACCCCAGUGUCUCAUUUCAGGCUCUUUCACCUUCAUUGCUCUUCCCACCUAAACUCCACUCCACACACACACCCCUUCCUCUUUAGCAUUCAUCUUAACUGACACCUCCUCCAGGAAGCCUUCCUGGAAGAUCCCCAGCUAGAUUAGGAUGGAUCCCUUCUACCCCGUAUUUCCUGCACUACUUUAUUAUGAUUGUUGGCAAAUCUCUUUCCCAUGAGCUCUGAGGGUGAGUAGCUCUGAUCUGGCUUGCUCAAUACUGUAUUUCCCACAUCUUGCACAGAUAAAAUCAAAUUCAUUCAGGAGGCCACCAGCACCAUUUUUUGAUAUAAUCGAAGCUGGGCUUUAGAAAGACUUAUUCUGGUGCGUGGAUCACACACGAAGAAAAUGGAAGCAAGGGGUUCACUAGGUACUUGUGAAGAUGGUACAGGCCGGGUGGGGGGUCAGAGUGUCGCAGUGCAGAUGAAGGCGGGGGAGCAGAGGCAAGAGGGCUGCUAGAACAGCAGGCCAAGCGGCUAUGAAAUCAAGUCGGUGGAUUUGACCCGUUUUUCUUUGUAAUGGACCAGGAGAGAAAUAGAAAAGAUCAGGAGUGUCAGUGUAAUUAGCAAAGAUAACUAUGGCUUUGUAACAUCUCAGUAUAUGUUAUACGAUGUGUGUGGACAUACACAUACGGGAUUGGGCUGCAUGUAAAGUGUACUGAACAUACGUACGUAUUGAAAGCCACAGUCCUAGAGACUAGUCCUCACCUAUGCUGAGGUCAUGGAUCCCUUUGAGGAUCCUCUGUGAUGGACGCCUGUGGGGUCUUGCUACCGAGCAUCUACCUGUUCUACCUUCUUUGGACAUAACGCUCCGAUUCCUUCUGGGCAGUGACCCUUCUUCCCACCGUUUGAAACACCAUCUGUAAGUGGGCGCUUGCACACACUGAAGGAGGCUGCUCCUGGCCGAGGGGACGGAGGGGACGGGCUUGACAUGUGAGGUGGCCCGGGGUGAGCUGGGAGGGAGACAGGGAGGGCUUCCUAGAUCUUGGCGAGGCCUGGGGGUUGCAUCCCGGGAGUGACGGCCCAUGACCUCAAAAUGGACGUCAAACUCCCCUCUGUCAACUCUCUUCUGUACAGCUGUCCACUGGACCCCUCCACCUAAAGGCUCUCGCUCAAUGAAUAACUGACCAGAGCAUAAAGUGGCUAGAGUCGGGGAAAGCAGGAGGGGGCAGGGAUUAAUAACGUGCCCUGCCAUGCUGGACGCAUCUGACCCCCUCCUCCUCAGAAUCUGAAUUGUGAGCUGAAUAUAAGACCGAAAGCAGUUGAAGUUUGAGCAUUCUCGGGAGUUGACCCACCGGUUCCCAAGACCCACUGGAGCUGCCCAGUUUCUUCUCUUCUCUCUCUGAUCUUAGGAACAUGCUCAUCACUUGCCAGCAAACUUUCCACUUGCUUACAUUUGACAGAGGUGUUUUGGGGAGUUUGCAAGCAGUCUCCAAACCGAUACACCCUCAGUACCCAUGAGUCUUGCAGGCAGUUGCAGAAGGGAUUCUCAGCACCCCCCCCCCCCCCCCCCCCCCCGCCAAAGCCCUCCCAGGAUAAAAAGCCCCUGUUUUAGACAUGCCUAAUGCUGGGAGUGUAAUCAGAGCAGCCAGCAACUACCUGACCUGUUUCCCAGAAGAUGACAGGCCUCAGCUGGGGCAGAGCCUUUGCGUUUCUGCAAGUUUAUUUACUUAGAAGGAACUAAACUGCUUUUCAUCCUAGAGCCCAGUUUUCAUUUCAUUCCCAAUCCUCUGCUGCCCCCCUGUGGUCACUGUGUGACACAGCCUCUUCCUUUUCACCCCGGGGAAACCAGCCAGCUCGGGAUUUUGCCUAGAAUGGAGGCUGUUUUGUUUACUAAAAUUGCAAUCAUGCAUGGAAAGACCACAAGCAAUGGAGUGCAAGAGCGAGCUGCCUCUUUUCUCCAUCUGCCUCUCCUCCUCUUCCUCAACUAUUCCCUAUUUAUUUGUCUCCCCACAAGAUAGUCAAUAACUACAAAGGGAAAAGUAUCAGUGGUAAGCUGGCCGACACCGGUGAUCUGAGUUGUAAAUGGUACAAAUUGACAUCAGGUGCCUCCUGAUAGGCUCGUCCAUGUUAUUUACACCAAAAAUUCAACACCUGAAUUUAAUCAGGAGGAAACGGUCAACAGACCCAAAAUGAAAGGGUAUUCUUCAAAAUAGCUGGGCAGCACACCUCACCAGUGUCAUGGGGAAGGAAAAAUAAGACAGAGGAAUUAAUCCAGACUAAAGGAAACUGAGGAGUAAUGACAUCUAAAUGCAACAAGGAAUCCUGGACUGGAUCCUGGAACAGGAACAAAACACUGGCAGUCAGCAGGUGAGACCUGAAUAGGUUUUUAUGCUAGUGAAUCGUACUGCAUCAGUGUGAAUUUCCUGGUUUUGGUCAUCGUGCUGUUUACGUAAGAUGUUAACAUUUGGAGAAGCUGGGUGAAGGCUGUAUGGAAUUUCUUGGUGCUGUUUUUGCAACUUCUUUGUAAAUUUGAAUUUUUUUUCUUUUUCUUUUUUUUUUUUAGGGUUAGGGUAAGUCUGAAUUUAUUUUAAAUUGAAGGUUAAAUCUUUUUAAUUACAAAGAGUACAAUCAGCAUUUCCUCCUAGCUCCAUACCACAUUUAGCUGCUGCAGAAUAUGGGAGUGAGAGAAGCUAGUGCACCCAGCUCGAGUCAAGGGUUCCCCUCUUGGCCUCAGCGUCAGCUGCAAUGGACACCUUGCUGUCAAGAACUUGACCCCGUGGACUGCGGGGCGGGGUGGGGGGGGAGGCGCG